UCUCUCUCUCUCUCUCUCUCUCCGGGUCCAUGUUGAGUUGAUGUGUUGUGCUGGGUCAUUUCAGGCCACGUCUGUCCGAUCAGAGGAACAAACCCUGACGUUACGUCCAUAUCUACUGACAGACACUCGCGCAGGACACGCAGAAGCACGCGCACAGAAGGCGUCGCGUCGCAGCGCGUCGAGGAUAGAAAGAGUAGAAAAGAGGUAGAAGUCAGAACUGAUCGGUCAGGUGUUGAUGGAAGUUCGGAUGUUUUCAGCUGAUUCUUAAAGAUGGCAACAGAAUCUGCUGAUCUUGUAGCAGCGGGCAGAUCAUUACACAAACGUGGAACAGAUCCAGAGAAGAUUUUCAUGUCUGGAGGGAUUUCCUCACCUCAGCCCUGUCAGGACUCAACACUUCCACGCUCUUCUGAUAUCAGGGAGUCCAUGGAUGACACAAGAAUGAUGUUCAAGGCCUAAUACUGUAUAUAGCAGUAUGUCAGAGCAAGCAGACACAUGCAGCCCCCGCUGGAAAGAUGAGCCCAUUCAGAAUGGGUACAUACCAAGUUACCUGGACAAGGAUGAGCUGUGUGUUGUGUGUGGAGACAAAGCGACCGGUUAUCAUUACCGCUGCAUCACCUGUGAGGGCUGUAAAGGUUUUUUCCGGCGUACAAUCCAGAAGAACUUAAACCCGACAUACGCAUGCAAGUACGAGGGCAAGUGCAUCAUCGAUAAGGUCACGCGUAACCAGUGCCAGGAAUGUCGCUUCAAGAAAUGCAUCGCUGUCGGCAUGGCAACAGACUUGGUGUUGGAUGACGGUAAGCGUCUGGCCAAACGGAAGCUGAUCGAGGAGAAUCGUGAGCGUCGGCGGCGAGAGGAGCUCCAGAAGACAGCGUGGGACCGUCCGGAGCCCUCGCAGGAGGAAUGGGAGCUGAUCCGUGUGGUCACCGAAGCCCACGUGGCCACGAACGCCCAGGGCAACCACUGGAAACAGAAACGCAAAUUCCUGGUCGAGGAAGCAAUGCUACUUAAUGAAAUAACAUGUAAUUUAUUCUGUACUUCUGACCAGAGUGCAGUGGGGGUGAAGGAGUCCAAGCCGGAGGACAUCGGUUCGGCGCCCGUCAUCAACGCGCCCGAGGGGAGCAAAGUGGACAUCGAAGCCUUCAGUCAGUUUACAAAAAUUAUCACCCCCGCCAUUACGCGUGUGGUGGACUUUGCCAAAAAGCUGCCCAUGUUCUGCGAGCUGCCUUGCGAGGAUCAGAUCAUCUUGCUGAAGGGCUGCUGUAUGGAGAUCAUGUCUCUUCGAGCAGCCGUACGCUACGAUCCCGAGAGCGAGACUCUGACGCUGAACGGAGAGAUGGCCGUCACGCGGGGUCAGCUGAAGAACGGCGGUCUGGGCGUGGUGUCGGACGCCAUCUUUGAUCUGGGAGUCUCGCUGUCGUCCUUUAACCUGAAUGAUACAGAGGUGGCGUUGCUGCAGGCCGUCAUUCUGCUGUCCUCCGAUCGUCCAGGUUUAACAAGCGUGGAGCGCAUCGAACGCUGUCAGGAGGACUUCCUUUUGGCCUUUGAACAUUACAUCAACCACCGCAAGCACAAGGUGGCACACUUCUGGCCCAAGCUGCUGAUGAAGGUGACGGACCUGCGCAUGAUCGGAGCCUGUCACGCCAGCCGCUUUCUGCACAUGAAGGUGGAAUGUCCCACAGAGCUCUUUCCGCCUCUCUUCCUGGAAGUGUUUGAGGACUGACGGCCAAUCAGACUGCUCCAACCACCGCCGACCUCCAGCGACCCCCCUCACCCCAGCCCUCCGGUUCUGGUCACAUGGUUCUGUUUUAGCACUACUGAACAUUCUUUCAUUCCAUAGCUGUAGGAUCAGCGGUCUGGUCGAGUUUGAACGGAACCAUUCCUCUUUAAAGCGGGUACAUGUGAAUAGAGUUACGCAUUUCUUUUCUGUUUUUUGUGGUUGUUUUUGUUGUAAAAACUUGUUUUCUUUUACUCGGCUCAGUUUUUUCAUUUCUCAGUUGAUUUUUUUGUGAUUGUAGUCUUUGAUGCCGCUCAACUGAGAUGAAUGAACUAUGCAUUGGUAAGCAGAAGUCAGAGCCAGCCUCAGAAAAAGAUUGAAUCGCACCUGACAGCGAGGGAGGAUCAUUUAAUUAACGUACAUGAGACAAACCGGUGCAUAGAGUAGAAACAUGGGGAGCACAGGGAGACGGGUUCUUAUAGCUCCGUUCUGACACAUUCACAGAACUCUCUUCCCGCUAGUGUUUAUAAAACAUCUGCCAGCUAAAAAAAUAAAACAAUUAGCUAUCUUAUACAAAAAUAAUUUAUAUAAAUGUGCAAACAUCAAAUAUAUCAAAGGAAGUCAUUGCUUUUAAACAAAAACUAACUUCAUAGUGGAUCCGUUUGAUAAAAGAAGCAUUCUGAACAAACACCUGAGAAAAUGGCAUUUUGUCAAACAGAAUGUCAACGGCGGACAAAGGGUUAAUAAUGUCUCAUUUUAUAGUAACUCUGAGAUGUUAUUAAUAAUAUGGGCAGUGUUGCACAUAUCUGAUCCCAGAAUGCACUGCGACAAGCUCAGUGAAACAAAACCAUUACAUCAUUAUCUUCACAACACACCAUCACGAGACCUCUCACAGCUGUGGACCAUUCAGAGUUUAACACACUUAAAACAUCGCUGCCUAUGUAGACCGAACCCUUGCACUCAGAGCUUCCAGAUAGCACAGGAACGUCUGGAAGAUGUGUAAAACAUCUGCUAAACCUCUUAGAAUGAGCGAUUUACAUACAUUCUAAAUCAUGAACAUCUUACAGAGAUCUUAUAGAGGUCUUUAUAACAUCUGACAGGACACAAGCAAACAAAGAAAAGUUUUGCAGAUGUAAAUGCAGACAUCACAUAGACGUCUCCCAGAUGUACGUGUUCUAUCAGAGCUAUAUCCUCUCAAACAAACACAGACAUGAGAAAAUUGUCAUUUCUAAUGAUGGUUUUGACCCCAGCUAAAACAAAUCAUCUGAGCGUUUACAGGACAUGCAGACCCUCAUAACACACACAGAGACACUCCCGGGAAGAACUUUAAAAAUCACAUGUUUUCAUGAUCCUUAGUCAGUCUUUAGACCCAAGGAAAGAAACAUUGUUUUUAAAUGGUUAGUUUAAAGACAUUCAGGAAUAACAUUGUGAUAACAUCUUUUUGAAUGUUGGCAAAAGGUUCUCUGUUGCUGUUGGAUUUGACACAAACACACAUGAAACUCAUUUAGUAUCUGUUUGGCUCAGAGUGCCUCUGUUAAAGUGCCAAAAAAGUUUUCUGUGAUGAGCGUUCUAAAGGAGUAUUUGUGUUGUCUGUACUAGCGAUCGCUCGACCUGCCCGACAGUGUUUAUAUCUCACAUAGAGAAGAAACUCUAUUCCGUUUUCAUUUGUAUUCUGCCUAUUGCCAUGACUUGUAGAUCUGAGGCUUCUGCUUGAACUUGUUGGUGCUAAGAGUUUGCCGAUUUAUACCUCCGUACAGUUCUGUCAGUUAACCUCACAUUGUCUGGACACACACACACAACAGUGAGGUUGUUGGUCAACACACAAAUAUCGCCGGCUCUGUCCUGUAUUUUUUAUUUUUUUGUAAUGUUUCUUUGACAGAGAUUGAAUCUCACAUACCUCUACUCAGCAUCAGGAAAAGACAGAACUGCUUGAUGUGUUUCUUUCAAAGAUCCUAUAAAUCCACAUCACACCUCAAGAAGCUUCACAGUUAUCAGUGUUUUGUUGUAGUGACGCCUUUUAUAAGCAAUAGAAUCGCUCCAGUGGUUUUACAUGUUCUGGAUUUCAUGACACAUACGCAUCCAUGUAAGACAUAUUAAACAAACUCAAAGUCAAUGCACAGACAAUCAAUGUGUUCAGAGAGAGAGAGAGUGAGAGACCGAGAGAGAGAGACUGAGAGAGACACUGAGAGACUGAGAGAGAGAGAGAGAGAGAGAGAGAGAGAAAGAUAGAAAAAGAGAGAGAGAGAGAGAGAGAGAGAGAGAGAGAGAGACCAGUGUCCAGAACUGACCCAAAUGUGAAUAAAACUUUGGCCAGUAACUUGAUUAUCAAUGUCAUCAUUUCUUUAAGGCUCUUCCAAAGUUCAUAAUUGCAAAUACAUAUUAAGAAAAUAGAUCUUCACAAUCCUUUAUCAAAAAAAUCAUGUUUUCUUGUUUUUGUGACCUCAUCUGGACAUGAUGCGGUGAACGAGGAACCGGUUUUAUAACAGAAUUCAGUGUUACGGCUGACGGAUUUGUUUUGGCGCCUGCUGAGGGUCUCUCUCUAAGAACACAGGACAAUAAACACAAACACAGCACUACAGAAGCAACAUAUUUAUGGUGUAAAGGAAAGAGGUUGUAUUUUUCAGAUCUUUUUUUUAAGAUGUUAUAUGCACAGUGUGAACAUUUUACAUACACAACAAGGAAACAAAAGAGAGACCGUCUAAACAAAUCACAGCAACUGUGUGAUCCCUCUCCAGUUUCAUCAUUCAAAUGAACUGUUCAAACAUGUAAAUGACAAUAAUAUACCAUCUGACAUUUAUUCAUACUGAUAGUUGAAAACAUCCAGCACCUGAAUUAUGAUGAAAAAGAAAAGCAAACCUUAGUAAUAAACCACAGAGACGUCAUCAGCCCUGAAAACACAAUCACGUGUCAGUUCUCUGUGUCUUUCUUUGUGUCUUAUUGUUAGUUAAGAUGACUUUAACCAGAUCACGUCCACAAUAUAUUUUGGCAUGAGUGAGGGAAUAUAGAUUGAAUGUAAAUCCUGAUGUUACUGGCAAAUGUGUUUUUCUUUUUUUAUCAAAAUGAACAUAUUGCACAAGUCUGCUGUGUGACAGAGAAGCCUUGAGCUGAGCUCAUGAUGUGGUUUGGGUUUCCCGGAUGAGACAUUGCACUAGAAAUAGAUUCCCAGAUUUGUCAAAAGAUUUGUUUGCACCUCAGAUGAAAUGAGAAUAAAGAUGGUUUUGAGAAACUC